CGGAUAGCAAAUAUGCAAGAGAGUUGUCAAAACACAAUAAAACUAUAAAAAUAAAAAAUAAAAGAAAAAGAAAAUGAAUCCAUUCGGGGCAGCAAUUACAGAUCAAACCUUGAAACAAAUGUCAAAAUACAGAGGUAAAGAAAUAACACAAGAAGACAGAGCAAGAGAGGCAAUGAGAUUAAUCCAUGCUGAAGACAAGAACAUAAGUGCUCUUCAACAUGUAUUGAAUCUUAAGUCAAAAUAUGGUAAUGGAGUUACAACACUAUGUCUUGUGUAUAAUGGUACUGGUGAUACUCUUAAACUUGUUGAGGAAAAGGAUUGGUCUGGUUAUAUAUAUAAUGAACAACCUCCCAGAUCCUUUCAAAAUGGUCAGUGGCUUGCUUUCCUCCAUGCCCACCCAACUUCUCAAGCUGUAGGCACUGAAGCUGCUCGUGUGUACCGCGGUAACAAUGUUAAAGGAGAGGUUCGUGACUAUAUGAUUGCUUGGUCUACCCCUUGGGGUCCUAACUUCCAAAACUCGUUCAAGAUAUUGGUGGAGAAAGUUGUGCAUUGGCAAGCGUGUCCAGUCAAAACGUUGCGAGUAUUUCGGGACGGAUGGAGUAUUUUCAAAUGGUGAAAGUUUAAACAACGGGAGUAUAACGGAGUACUAUUAUAGGUUGCUAAUGACUCCGUAUGUAUAGUUAUAACGGAGUAUUUUUUAUCAAUGAUGUCUUGGCAUAAUGGUUAAGAUUGAAGUCAUGUGUAUAAUAGGUCAAAGGUUCAAAUCCUUCUCCCCAAUUUAUAGUUUAUAUUGCCCUUAUGGCUCAUUUGCACCCAAAAAUAACAUAACGGAGUACUUUUGGCAUCUCCUGAAUGCAUCGCACGACUAUUUUGUAUUCUCCAGACGUGAUUAAAUUUGUUAGUUCAUGUUAUAUAUGGAAUACUUAGAGCAUGAUCAGCCCCAAGUCUUAAGACAUGAGUUGUGCUGACAUGCCAUAUGAUUCAUCAGUCUUAAGAUCAAACAUAUAGAAAUUGUAUCAUUGAACUUUUGAAGUAGACAGGUCUUAUCAAAGCCUUAAAGUGAGUCUUGAAAAAUUAAGACUCAACUUAAGACUUGGUAUGUGAGUUAAAUUAAAUAAUAAAAUGAUAUUUUACAUAAAUUUACAAGUCUUAAAUGAUUUAAUGGGUGAAGAGCUAAAUUUGAUUGAAUCUUAAGGAGUCUUAACAAUAAUUUAAUUAUUUAAUAUUAAUGAAAUGUUGACAAGGCAAAUGAAGAAAAUCUUAAGAUAAGACCCCCUUGAUCUUGCUCUUACCAGCUUUUACGCACGAGGCAAACGUACGUGGCAUUUUACAUAAAUAUUGUAAUUUUAUAAAAUAAAUUUUAUACGGAAUAUGUACUAUACUAACGUUUUAGUACAUAUGUUCUUUACAUUAUGCUUUAUAAUAUUUUCGACAUAAAAAAUUACUAUCUCACCCCUUUUACCUCACAACAUUUACAAUUUUCCACUCACAUUUUCUUACUGUAUUUAUUUUAUUCUUACACUUAAAUUACCCACUUUUUUACACAUAUCUCUUACUUUAUCUAUAUUACUAGUCUUAUAUGUACGCGAUGCGUGCAGAUAUGAGAAACAGAUUUGUGUUAUUACAUUUAAACCUGAAAUAAUAUGUAAAUAAUAUAAUAUAAACGCGUAGCGUGCGAAUAUAAGAAACAUAUAACUUAGAUAGAGCCGAACACAUAUAAACAGAUUGAUUAAAAUGGUAAGAAUUUAUUUAAGGGGCUAGAUUGAUAUGAUUAAAAUGCUUCUUUAAGUGUGAAGGAUAUUUUAGUGAUCGAAGAGGGACACCAAAAGUGGUUUACUAAAAUAACCUCACUUUUUCACUUAUAUAAUAGAGGUUAUUAUAUUCACCCACAUUUUUACACGUUUUUUAUAUUUUAUCUUAAUAUUUGUGCAGUAAUAAAUAUAAAGAUCAUUAUGAAAUAGAGAUAUAGUAGUUGCUUAAAUAAAUGGAAAAAAGAUUACUCGGCCCGAAGAAUAACAUUUACUGUGCAAAAUACUCGGCCCGAAGGAUCAUUUGUGCAAAUACUUAUACUCUUCUUUCUUCGGUUUCUAUAUUACUCACUCCGUCCCUUAAUACUUGACCGCUUUCCUUUUCAGAUCGUCCCUUUAUACUUGCACCGCUUUUAUAAAUGGAAGUCUUUACUAAUAUUAUAUUAUUUCUCACACUGACCUACUACCCCACAUACACCCCUAUUCCCUACAAAAAAAUCAUUUAAAAAUCAACACUCCUCACUCACCACUCCCCCCAUUACACAUUUUCUACUAACUAUAUUAAAAAAAAUACCCCACUAUCAACAAAUAUCGAUAUUUAAAUUAAUAAGUCAAUUCAAAUGUCUUAAACUCCACACCGGUCAAACCGAUGCAAGUAUUAAGAGACGGAGGGAGUAAUACUAUGCAGAAUAAUAAGGAGCAUAGGGAGUAAGAUAGAGAAAAUAUAUGCCAAGUUGUCGAAGUAUUAAUGAAGUCUAUAAGAUAAGAAAGCAAGUCUCCGUAGAUUGUUUCUUGAAAUAAAUCUAACGAUAGUUACAAAGUACAUUUUUACAAUUCAAAUCAAAUCAUUGCAAUCUUAAAUAAAAAACAUACACCAAUGAAGACUUAUCAAAAUAUAGCUAUAUAUUACCUCUAUUUCUUUACGAUUUGAAAAAUGUGUCCAAAGUAUAAAACUUUGAUCAUAAACUUUCACUUGCUUUUUCCGGCCGUAUUUAUUUAAGAAAUACACUUGGUCGGACACAGAUAUUAAGAAAAAAAAUUGAAUGGAAUAAAGUAAUAAAACAAGUGGGGUUGGGGUAGAUAUUUUAAUAAGUAAAACAAGUGAGGACCAUGUCAUUUUAGAGGGGUGGAGGGUGGGUGUAGUUCUGAAAUUAUUUGUUUAAUAGGGUGGUGGGACGUACAUAUAAUAUACGGAGUAUUAGAUAGAUUAUUUAAUUAGAUGGUGGGGUUGAUAAGUUACUAAAAAUGGCAUGUGUAUCUCUUAAAUAAAUACGGCCGGAAAAAGCAAGUGUAUCCCUUAAAUAAAUACGGAGGGAGUACAUUACAUGUAAGCUCUUGUUAGAUUAAUCUCGAUAUGUAUUUUUAGAAUAUCAAUUUUUUAUAUUUUUUUAACAUUCCAAAUUGAAUAUAUUAAUACUUAAAUAUUAAAAUAAAGUCCGUGCAAUUAGUAACUAUAAAUAACUUAAAGUAAAGAAAAUAGUACGUAGUAUGUGGAUGUUAACUAUUAUAUUUAUUUUCGUUAGAUUUAUACGUGUUCAUUUU